AGUUAUAGUGCCCCGACUGCCAACUGAAACCCUUUAUCAACUUGCCCCGCCAUUUUGCUGGAGUGUAACCAAAGUAGGGGUCUAUGCUGCAGUAAGGACGCUGGCGUUCAUGUUUAUUGGACUAACGUCUGUGAAGUUGUUUCAACUGUUUCUGGACGAGAUCUGGAUAUGCCUGAUAGGCACCGCCUCUUAUACUGCCGCCUUUCUCUGGACAGCGUUUGUCGCGGAUGAUACAACAUAUUAUUGUAUUAUAGCUGUUGGUUGUUUUGGACCACUUUCUGUAACAAUGCAUCGAAGUAUCCUUUCACAUUUAACACCACCUGAAAAACAAGGAGCCAUAUUCAGCGCUGUUGGAACAUUAGAAGUUGUAUCUCAUCUUUUGUCUAACAUCAUCACUAGUUCUGUCUACGCCGAGACUGUGUCCUACAUGCGGGGACUCGUGUUCCUCGUGCUGGGAGGAUUCGAUGCCGUCUGCGUUAUUCUAACACUUGUUCUGAAGAUAGGAUGGCAAAUAGAGAAAAAGACAAACGGAAAUCAAAUAACUUCACGUACAGAAAUUAUUGUUUCAGUACCGGAGUCCGACGACCAGAAAGUAUAGUGUACAUGACAUUCUGUGUAUAUCAU